UCGAAUCCUGCAGCGCCGGGAGCCACUCAAUCCGUGGGCUUUGAUGCAAUUUGGCUUCUGUGCAGGCCACUCUGCCACUUGGUGGAGCCCGUUUCUGCCCCGUUCUGUUCUGAGAGCUGUGAUCUGUGUGGCUCCCCGAUCACGCCAUGUGUAGUUUAGUUGCAGUUUCGAUUCACAUCGGAUUGCCUUGCCCAGGCAGCACAUCAAUCAUCCAUCACGCACCAAAGGCCGGGAGACAACGACAAACUGGCAGUGCAAACCUGAAUGGCAAACGGCCCAUGCCACGCAUGCGAUUUAUAUGUGUCCAAGGUUCUCUCUGGAUCGCAAUGGAUGCAAUAUGGCCACUUCGCUGCACAUUUGACUGGAUUAAAAUUCCUUUCAAAUGGCUAUAUGCUACUAAGCUCUUUUAAAUUGCAGGCAUUUUAGUUAUUGUUAUUUAGCGAUCAUUUUGAUUGGUGUCCAUUAUGUUAUCUCUCAACGAAAUAACGAUUUAGUUUGUUUAAACAGGACUUCACAGGCUUAAAUCUUCUUUUAAUAAGUUAAUGUUUAAGAAUCGAGUUUUAAUUGCAAUUGGUCAG